CGCGGCCGCCGGGCUGCGAGUCUCGCUUUGACGCUCGGGGUAGCAGCUGCAGCGAGAAAAAGUGCUGACAGGGUCCGAGGCAGCCUUAGAGGGAGGCUUCCUGUCAAUGCCCCCCACCACCAGCGGCCAGUCAGUCGCGAGGAACCUCAGCAGAGCCCCUGAUCCCGAGCAGGAAUGGAGUCCUUUAGCUCCAAGGAUCUGGCCAUGAAGGCCCAGAAAAAGAUCCUGAGCCGGAUGGCCUCCAAGACGCUGGCGCAGCUGUUCAUCGACGACACCAGCGCCGAGAUCCUGGACGAGCUGUACCGCGUCUCCAAGGAGUUCACCGGCAACAAGGCGGAGUCGCAGAAGGUGCUUAAGAACCUGGUGAAGGUGGCGGUGAAGAUCGGGGUACUGUACCGGCACCAGAAGUUCAGCGAGCAGGAGCUGGGCCUGGCCGAGGACUUCCGGAAGAAGCUGCGCCAGGGCGCCAUGACGGCGGUCAGCUUCCGCGAGGUGGCGUUCACCUUCGAGCACAGCGUGCUGGUGGGCUUGCUGCACGAGAGCCGGGACCUGCUGCUGCGGCUGGUGCGGGGACACCUCACCCCCAAGUCCCAUGGCCGCAUCAGCCACGUCUUUGACCACUUCGCCAACGUGGACCUGCUGACAAAGCUCUACGGCCCCGAGGGUCCCUACCAGGCCCACCUGCAGAAGAUCUGCGAGGGGCUGAACAAGCUGAUUGAAGAGGGGACGCUAUAGAGACCAAAGGCCAACUUGGGGGGGAGG